AUGACAGCUUCACAUCUUGCCCGUGGCCAAAUGCGGGAAAUCAUCGGCCAAUUACCUGGAGACGUAACCGUGGUUUGCGCAGACAGUACCUUUUGCAUCCACAAAGAGCGACUCGUGGCCUGCGGAGAGUUCUUUAGAGCAGCUUUUGAUGAAAGACACAUGUUCCAGGAGGCCAUUACAUCAACAAUCACUCUACCAGAAAACGGGGAAACAUUUGAGUUUCUGGCCUUCUUUGCCUACACUGGGUCUUUACUAUCAUACACAAACACAGCAAGGAAUGGAAAUUUGGACAGAGAGCUUGUCUUGAGCUUGCAAGUUCCAUUCGACGAUGCCAGCCUUACGAACGAAGAACCAACAAGCUCAAGACCGCUAGACCCAACACUCCAGAGCAUUGUGCUACUAUCCGAGGUCUACUAUAUGGCCGACAAGUAUCUCGUCACAGGCCUCCAGACUCUUUGUGCCAACCAGGCUGCCGUGCUUGCUGAAGUUCUCGCUUCCAAGUCACUGAACUGGCUCCCCGCCGGCUCCCCCAACCUUGAAGCCCUAGGCAGUUGGAUAAAAGGGGUCUAUGCCAACACAACUCGGUUCGAUCUGGCACUAAAAGAAUCGGUCUGCAUUUACGUCCACCAGGCCUCGGAACGUGCCAGGCAGGAGUUCUUCUACCCUCACCUGCAGUUCUUCUUUGCAAGGCUCCUGAUGGGGAACGAUGAGUUGAGAGACAGCAUGUACGAGCGCGCCCAGCCACCACCGCCGACCUGUCCAGGCUGCCUCUCGCAGGCAGGUUGCCAUAGGUUGCACCACCUUGCACCCUGGUAUAUUGGGUGGAGGUGUGAGUGCUACCUAUGCGGGCACGUACAUGAUCAUGCCCUUCAAAAGGAGGAGUUCGAGUGGCAACCCGGCCAGUGGGCUAGGCAUGAGAGAUGGCGGAUGCUGUGGGAGGAAAUUGUUGAGAAUUCGAACGGCGUGGAGGAGUUGGAAAGAAUGGAGCGGGCUUUGAAUCUGUACCGUGUUUGA